AACAUCAUCUGCUGUUGGUUACUGGUUGAACUCGUCGCCGUCGUCUUGUUCGUUCGCUCGCGAGGAAAAGUUUCCGAAACCGAAGAAAAUAUGGCCAGCCGUGAAGCCGUUCGCCGGGCCGUGCAGAACGUGCGCCCGAUCCUGUCGGUGGACCGGGAAGAAGCCCGGAAGCGUGUGCUCAACCUGUACAAGGCCUGGUACCGCCAGAUUCCCUACAUCGUGAUGGACUACGAUAUCCCGAAAUCAGUAGAGCAAUGCCGCGAGAAGCUCCGGGAGGAGUUCCUCAAGCACAAGAACGUGACGGACAUUCGGGUGAUCGAUAUGCUUGUAAUUAAGGGUCAAAUGGAACUGAAGGAAUCGGUUUCGAUCUGGAAACAGAAGGGUCACAUCAUGCGCUACUGGAAGGAGAGCGUCGAGCCCAAGCCAACCGAUUUCCUUUCGAAAUUUUUGUCCGGCCACAACUAAGAAGGACAGGUUUGCUACAGGUAUGUAUUUGCAUCCGGCGGCCUGGAUUUCUCGGUAGGCUGGUGGCACGUGAACAAAUGGCGCGUUCGUUUUGAAGAGGUAUGUUAAGUAGUUGGAAUAAAAAAGUACUACGGA